GUCGUGAAUCACAUACGACGACGAUGCCCAGGACGAUGAAGGCGGCGCCGCCGACGGACUCUGAUUCAUCUCAUGCGCGUGAAAACUACUUUGACAACUCUCCCUCAGUCCAAGAAGCGCCGUUCAAGUCAGUGCAGUCGCCGGCUGCUGCCGUGGUGACGACGAGCGCGUUGUCGUCGCAGCCGAGCUUCCGUGGGGAAAAGAUACGCUUGGACCUGUCCUUGCAGUGGGCGAACAACUUUGGGAUUCAACUGGCCAUGUUCCUCUACUUCGUCGGCGCGCUCGCAGUGACGAUUGUCAUUCCGUCCCUCGGCUACAAGGUCGAAGUGGGGUUGCUCGCCGGCGGGUCGGUCACGAUCUUGUCGACGGCGGCAGUCUUGUACACGUACUCUGUCAUGCCGACGUGGAAGAAGCAUCCGAAUCCGUUGAUUUUCUACCGCAGUUUAUUCGACAUGGGGUUUGUGCUCGUGCUAAUGACCACGCAGCUGUACAAAUGCUACAACAACCAAUGCGUCGUAACCUCGUCCAAAGACGAGACCGACGGCUGGACCAUCACGAUCUUGUCCGAGAACGGAUGCAAUACCGUGGCCGGGUUCACGCAGUUCUUCCUCCUCGGUUCUGAAUGCUGGUUCUUCGUCAUGUCCGUGGACCUGUUCAAGUCUGUGCGCAGUCCAUUCACGGAUUUCAAGCACAACAUGCGGACCUAUCAUGUGUUUGUGUGGGGAUUUUCCACGAUCUCGGCCAUCUUGCUCGUCGGCAUCGGCCAAGCGGGGCCAUCCGAGUUCAACUAUUGCUGGACCAAACCGCAGCACAUGGGCAAAACAUCCGAGAACAAGAACAUGUUGUGGAGCUUGAAUAUUUCGAGCUGGGGGUUCUUUUACGCGUGGAUCAUCCUCUACUUCUUUGGCGCCAUCGGGGUCAUCUGCUUUGCAUGGCAGCGGCUCAAGGGCGGCCUUGCCGAAACCCUCCGCGUGCGCCUGCGCGUGCUCCACUCGGUCACCGUGUACGUGGUGGCAAUCAUCAUCUACUGGGCCAUCACGUUUGGUGUGUACGUGCCGUACUUGGCUCUUGGCCUCGUCAACAACCCCACCGACUACCCCGUGCUUCCCCAAGUCAUGGUGUUCUUUAUCACGUGCAAAGGGUACUUUGACUUUUUCGUGUGGUUCCAAAUCAACGAACUUCCGUCCGGCAAGCAACAGCCGUCCACGGCAACAUCGGCCGUGACCGCCGCUGCCAAGGUCGACGUGGAUGUAGACUUGAGCCCACAAGUCAACCAAGCGCUUCGCGCCGAAGUGCUGUACUACACCACCACGGGCAUCAUCCAGGCCGCGCACCUCGCCGCGUCGUGCUCGGACGACGUACCCAAGCGAGAGCUGCAGCUAACGCCCCAGGGGGCCGCGGGGGCGGGGACAUCCACGACGUUGUUUGUCGACUACGCGCCGGCGACGUUUGGCCGCAUCCGGGCGUUCUAUGACGUCUCCACCGACUCGUACGUGACGAGUUUGCUUAAGACGACCAAGGAGCGACUGAGCGAAGGCGCGAGUGGCGCGUUCAUGUUCUUCUCCGAGGACCAGCAGCUGAUCGUCAAGAGCAUGAGCGAGGGAGAGGCGUCGUUCCUGCAGUCCAUCGCCAGCGACUACGCGGCGUUCCUCAUCACACAUCCCGAGAGUCUGCUCACGCGGUUCUUUGGCUGCCACUCGGUGCACCUGUACGGCACCACGUUUUACUUUGUCGUCAUGUCCAAUCUGUUUUCCGAUCACACGAAAAUCAUCCACCGUCGGUACGACAUCAAGGGAUCAUGGGUCAACCGAUCUGCAAAACAACCCACCAAAGGCAAGAAGGUAACGUGUCGGCAUUGCAACGGCAAGUACGUGUUUGGGUCAGUAGAAGGGAAUGUAUGCCCCCUCCGUGUGGGCACGCACGAGCCCAACGUGAUCCUCAAGGACAAUGAUUUGACGCAAAAGGUGCGGCUCGACGCGGCCGUGGCGGAGGACCUGUACGACCAGAUCAAGAAGGAUGCGGGGUUCCUGUGCAACCAUGGCAUCAUGGACUACUCCCUGCUCAUGGGCGUGCACAACGUCGAGUACCGCGUAUCGGCCGACCUCGACUUGGGCAACCACCACCUCGACAACAGCCUCCUGCUUAACACCAACAUCACGCGCGGCGGGUCGGCGGUAGUGUCGGCGCAGCCCACCGCGCGCAACCUGAACAACACCGGCCUUGGCGACGGUGGAAGCGACGGCGACGACACCGGUGACGUGCCCUUGGACGAUGACCUCCACAUGGACGCGCGCAUGCCCUUGAAGUUUACAGGCACCCGCAAGGCCAACACGGUGGUCGGUCCCGCGUGCUAUUACUUUGGCAUUAUUGACAUUUUGCAAUUGUGGAACUUUGACAAGAAACUCGAACGCAACACCAAGGUGCUGCUACUGCGACGCGACCCCGACGGGCUCUCGGCGCUCCCGCCCACGAAAUACAAGGACCGAUUUUGCUCGAAAAUGGCAGAUAUCUUGCGGGUGGGGGUACACGACGAAGCAUUCAAAGCCAUCAACAUGUGGGAAGAAGCCGAGCCGUCGAGCUACCAUGCGGACGUACCCGCUUUCCCAGCGACCCAAGAUCAACGUGAGGCUUCUACCUCCAACAAGCGACUGUAUCUUUAAAAAUAAUAUAUUUAGGUAUAUUGCACCCAGCCAACGACCUCUACGCACGAGACACGAACGAUGUCCGCCACACUACUACUACUUGUGGACGCGGCGGAAGUAACACGACCAACUCGUCACUCGACAGUCGCCGGAGUACCACCAGUCGCAGCCGCUACAGUGGAACUGCCGGCAAUGGCGGGUUGGUCUAGCGAGGUCCAUCCGUCCGUGUUGUUUGUUGUUGUUGCUACGGGUCGACUUUUAACUUCUUGAUCGGCGACUUGACCCCCGACCGGAUGCCACCGGCGGCGCGUGCCGAGGCGACGGCGCGACGCAUUGCCGACGGUCGGCCAGCAAGGCCGCGAGCUGGUCGUGCAAAAUCGCGUGUUUGGCAGCUUGGUCGUCGUGGUCAUGCGACAGGUCCCUUCUUCUUUGGUCGUUGUCGUCGUCGUGGGUCGUGAUGUGGGCGGCAAAGUGCUCUUUGAGCACGCGGUCUUUGGUUUUCAAAAUGCGCUUGAUUGACGACGGCACGGCGUUGAUGGACAACGUGAGCGUCACGUACACAAGGACGAGCACGUGCUACAACAGACGUCAUCAUAUUGCGCCACGUCAUAGUGUGUAGUUUAGUGUCAUGAACGAACGAACGAUUGUAGUCGUGGUGAUUGGAU